CAUUAGAGAUUGUUAAGAGAUUUUGUUUAAUGUUUUAUUAAAUAACAUGCUUUCCCUAAAUAGGUUUGCGAAUGUACAAUGAUGUUCAUAUAUUUUAUACUACAUGUAUCUUGUCACUACACACGCACGUGAGCCUUGCUGACUUCUAAGAAAAUGACUGGCAUAAGGAGGUUGCCACAGGAAACCUCACCUUUGCUGAGUUUGCUGAGUCUGCCGUUGGGAACAGGAACCAACUGGCUUCUGUUUCCCUUAAGAUAGGCUUGACCAGUUCCUUACUGACAGUUGAACAUAUAUGUUUUAUGCUUUGUAAGGAGUGGUAUGUUAUCUCUUCCUACAUGUGUCUGUGACGCAAACAUGCUUGAGUAUAAAUAAAGCUGACUGCAAAGCCUCGGGGUGGGUAUCACCCGAUCACUCACCCGUGCGCACGUAGUUCUCUGAACAAAACUCUGACUGUUUUGUAUUCCUUCAAUGUGUUUUAUAAUGUCUUACCACUGACAUUUAAUUGGUCCUUCGAGCCGGAUUGUUGAUUGAUAUUAUUAUAUCAUCUAACUAUUCACAGACGGAGCCGCCGGAUCCUGACGUCGUGACUACCUGCACUGUAAACCACCGCUUCUAGCGAAGCAAGGAAAAGCCCAGAGUCGUAAAUUCGCCUAUUGGCCAGUGUCUUAUACAGGUCCACGACGACAGGACUCGGUGACGCCGGGAAAAAGAACACAGCGCAACAUUGAAGUCUCUUCCAGGUUGAAACCAGGGGAUUGGAUCCUGAUAAAAGUGCUCCAGAGGAAAAACUGGUCCUCCCCGAGGUGGAAGGACCCUACCAAGUCCUCCUGGCCACACCAACAGCCUGCAAAAUUGCUGAACGCCCCUCCUGGAUCCACCAAAGCCACACGAAGAAGGUCGAACUACUCCAGGAUUCAUCGACGUCAGCCUAAAGUGAGCAACAGCCUAGAUUCCAGUCCUCCCUAACCUCCGGUGUUCGCUCGGUGGGAGUAGGGUGAUCAGUGACAACACUUGGGAUCCCACUCCUCUGGCUGAGGUCUACUCACCAGGGGCCCUGGGAGUGACAAGGGGUCGAGAAGAAACUCACUCACAAAACAAAGAAGAUCUAAAGACACCAAAAGUGCUGCAAUGACACUUGUCAUCACAGUACUAUGUACACUCUUGUGGUUGGUGGCCAUCAAGAGCCAGGUGAAUGGAUUCAACCCCUGUAACGAAACGGCCGCAACACAGGUCAAAACCACAGCAGACCUGUACCUGUGUUACAACCAAACUAGCUUCUCGUCAACAGUAUGGAUUCCCCUGAACUCAUUCCAUAUCGGAGGAUACUUAGGGAGCCAGUGGCCUGGAUAUGACUGGUACCUGUCAAGUUCAGAUGCCACCAACCCAGGCUGGGACACAGUCUUCACCUAUACUGGAAACGACUGGACACCAACGCCAACACAAGGAUCUGCUAGAAAUUUGUCUAAACAGCUGAAUCUGACUAAAACAAACACACAUCUGGUCGUCAACUUCCACACAACAAGCCACCCACUACUGGAAAACCCACCUAAAUCACAGAAGAGGACCUAUGUGGUUCCACAGACGUCAUCAUCACACACUGGAACAUUGGCGGGCAGCUCUAGCUGCUACCACCUAACCUUGUUCAUAUAUAAGAGUGGAAAAGACCCCCACCAUUUCUUAUCUAUAUGUAACAACCUCACCAGGAAUGAAGAAAGCAACGCCAAUACGACCACCGUCACAAGCAGCGGCCCCGCCUUGACCAAAGGGCCACUCUCAACAUCUAUGACCACAGUAGUCAUAGCCGGACCAGAACUGGAAGCCGACGACUGGUUUAAAAUUACCACAGGCAUUUCAGGACAUUCCAAUAACUGGCUAUUGCUGGCAGAACAGGCAGCUCGAGAUGCCAACGAUGACUGUAUGGUCUGCCUAGGGCCACAACCAACACUAAGAGUAGUGCCUGCGCCGAUUGAAGAACAAUGCCUGGUAGAGGUCAUGAACUCCACUAACAUAGAAGACAUCAACUGCACGAAGUGGGAUAAGAUCUUUCCUUUAACAGGACCGGAGAAGAGAAAACCUAUAUUUGCACGAGACGUUACAGCGACCAAUCACACCUGUAUCAACAUGACCGGACCAGGUGAGCGCAUAGGCACGCUGAACGACUCAAGCUGCCUGACUCUCACAGACGUGGACCCCCUAUUCAACCCAGUGAGCAGAGCUGACAUCUGGUGGUGGUGUGGAGAUCCACAAAUCUACGAUCGACUGCCCAGGAAUAAGACCGGAAUGUGUGGCCUGAUAUCUCUCCUACUACCAGUUCAGGUUAUAAAACUUUCAGUGAUUGACAUCACCAUGAAUGCUGAACGACAAUGGUUUGCAAGCCGAAAGAAAAGAUCGGCUCCAGCCCCAGCGCAACCUGAGCCCGACCCAACGUACAUAGACGCCAUAGGAGUCCCCAGAGGAGUACCAGAUGAAUACAAACUAGUGGACCAGGUGGCUGCUGGUUUCGAGUCAUCAGUAUGCUGGUGGUGCACUAUCAACAAAAACGUGGACAGAAUAAACUAUGUUCACUAUAACGUGCAGCGAUUAGGCAAUCUGACCAUGUCCGGACUCCACGCAGUAGCUGAGCAACUGAGAGCCACAUCCCUAAUGUCGUUCCAGAAUAGGGUCGCACUGGACAUGCUCCUGAGUGAAAAGAAUGGGGUAUGUUCAAUGUUUGGAGAACAAUGCUGCACAUUCAUACCCAAUAAUACAGCGGCGGAUGGAAGCCUCACCAGAGCCCUGGAGGGUUUAAAGACCCUAAAUGAAAAAAUGAAAGAACAUUCGGGAGUCGACACGUCGAUGUGGGACAGCUGGAUGGAUAUGUUCGGGAAGUACCGUACUCUGGUGUCAUCAAUUCUAGUGUCCAUGGCUGUGUUUGCAGCAAUACUCACUCUAUGUGGAUGUUGUUGUAUUCCCUGCAUUAGAGCAUUAAUCAACAGACUCAUAGCAACUGCCAUCACACCACAUGUUACGUUUCACCAAGAGACGAUGAUGUUGCUUACACAUCAGGACCGAAACACAGACUUUGAAGAAGAAGACAAUUUUUAAUUAUUGUCAACAAAGUGAAAACAAACCUAAAUGUUGAUCAUAUCAAUUUUACUAAAUGAUACUCUGGUUGAAAACGUAUACACAAGUGACUAGAAGUUGAAGUAUGUAAAAAAUAUUUGAACAACAGCAGGGAAUGUUAAGAGAUUUUGUUUAAUGUUUUAUUAAAUAACAUGCUUUCCCUAAAUAGGUUUGCGAAUGUACAAUGAUGUUCAUAUAUUUUAUACUACAUGUAUCUUGUCACUACACACGCACGUGAGCCUUGCUGACUUCUAAGAAAAUGACUGGCAUAAGGAGGUUGCCACAGGAAACCUCACCUUUGCUGAGUUUGCUGAGUCUGCCGUUGGGAACAGGAACCAACUGGCUUCUGUUUCCCUUAAGAUAGGCUUGACCAGUUCCUUACUGACAGUUGAACAUAUAUGUUUUAUGCUUUGUAAGGAGUGGUAUGUUAUCUCUUCCUACAUGUGUCUGUGACGCAAACAUGCUUGAGUAUAAAUAAAGCUGACUGCAAAGCCUCGGGGUGGGUAUCACCCGAUCACUCACCCGUGCGCACGUAGUUCUCUGAACAAAACUCUGACUGUUUUGUAUUCCUUCAAUGUGUUUUAUAAUGUCUUA